AUGGCAGACCGACAAGCAACGCAGCAGAGCCUCAACGCUCUGCUCUCCAAGCUCGAUGACCCCGAUGCGGAUUUGAGAUACAUGUCUCUGAACGAUCUCCUUGGCAUCCUCACCAGCCCGAACUCAGCCUAUCUUCCUCAUGACCAACACUCUUCUACAAAACUGGCUGAUGGCUUGCUCAAGGCUCUGGAUGACCAGCAUGGUGACGUUCAAAACCAGGCAUUGAAGUGUCUCGGUCCUCUCGUCGUCCGGUUGCCGUUCGAAAGUCUCACGCCGCUCCUCAAGAAACUGACCGACCUGACUGCCUCACAAACCAUUGAUACCUCCGUCCCGAACACUGCCUUAAGAGUCAUCGUGAACGCCCUUCCUCGUCCACAACCCGGACAGCCCGCUGCUGAGGAUGAGCACAUGGCAUACUCGGCAAUCUCGAAAGUCUUGAUCCCUCGUCUUACCGGCCCCACACCGUCUCCCUCCGCAAGACGCGGUUCUGUCGUACAGGGCAUGCUGGAGAAGGAUCCUUCCAAGGGCUUCAGCAGUGAUGCCAUUGAUGUUUCAAUCCAGGUCGUGACGUGCUUUGGGUCGCUUCUCAGCGAGGCGGAAUUAACAGCCCUGCAAAAGUCCGUCAUGUCCAUUAUCGAUAACGACACGGCUGGUACCGUGGUCACGAAGCGUGCAUUGUCAGCCAUCUCGGCGAUUGUCCUGCAUCUUUCGGAUCAUCAGCUCAACGAGUUUGUUGGUGAACUUGUGGAGAGCUUCCAAUCUCCGCAAUUGACUACCGUCCACCGCCGACACUUGAUUGCCACCGUUGGAAGCAUAGCGAGAAGUGCUCCCGCCAAGUUUGGUCCUCAUCUACCAACUCUGGCGCCGUUCGUCUUUUCUGCGGUCGGAGAGGAGAAUCUCGAGUAG